CUUCACUUUGACAGUGAACGUGCUUAACACCUGUUCUUUCGUAUUUUGCCAAAAUUUCGCUGGUAUAUUUUCGCCAAGUAUUCAAAUUCGAGCUUCAAGGACUGCUUUGGCACUGAAAUUCGAAGCUGGCUUCCCGUCAAACGUGAAUUAUAUUUUUAGGAUGAAUCCAGAUGAAACUUUGCCCGCCGUCUCGCGGCGAGCAUCGAUCUACGUAGGAGAAUAUUCUUCUCCGUCUGUUCGCCGACUUUCGAUCGCGAUUCGAUCUUUCCUUCUCGUUCGAUCCGCAAUGAUUCAUACCGAUUACGUAAAUAUUCUUUUGCUCUUGACCUUGAGGCAUCGAGUUUGCAGAAAUUACACGCAGCUUCGGUUUCCAUUCCCAAUGACCGCGGAUCAUUGGCAACGGAACAUCGUCUUUGCUUAUUGAAUCCGCGUCUUUUCUCUGUGUUUUUACGUAACACCGACCGGCGGCCACAUAAAAUAAUUCCUCGUGUGCUCCAACUUUUAUGUAACGUUUCUUAAAUGGCGCGCGUGCAACGCGAUAGAGCGAACGAUAUAACGUACGCUCGGUUUUGUGUUAAUUAUUUUCAAGCACGUGUAUUGAUGAGGCUAACGGUAAUCUUAUCGCUCACGAGACUAUAAUUCGUGUAACAAACAACGAUAAUCCAUUUGCAAACGGUCGUUGAAUCGAUUCGGAGAUCCGUUUGUCAAAGUUCAUCGGGUUCGUGUUGAAGAGGCCAUCGCACGCGCGUACACGUAACCGUCUCAUCGUGAGGAAGACUCGAAGACCACCGCCAAGGAUCUCGAGUCGCACGAGGAGGCAACCCUUCCAAAGGAGACCUCUUCAAAGGAAACCAUAAAACACACUUUCAAAAUGAACCCAUCGACCACCAGAAUCCCAACGAAAUUGGCACCCUUGAAGAAAUUAGAUAAGCUCGAAGGGGUGCGGAGGAAGGAUAGCUCCAGCCAGGAUAGACAACACUCGAGACGAGACAGUGAUUCCAAGACGGAGAAUCCAUUGGCCACCGAUAGAGCUUCCAGGGAUUACACGAACCUCAGGUUCCAAGAUCCAAAGUUCUACGAGUGUCCCAAGGUCCUGGAAGCCAUGGCUCCUAUCGCAGCAACAGUAACCGCGGCUACCACCACGAUCACCAGUCCCACCCUGGAGUUAGACUUGAAAGAGGUGCUGAAGAGAUCGGAAUCCUUGAGCCCAAGACACGAGAAAGACUGGGAGCAGCUGUCCAGCAAGUUCAGCUCCGAGGAGAACAUCAUAGACAUAGAUAAAUUAAGCAUCACCACGUUGGCUAGGUCUGAAAGAUCCGAGAAGUUCGACAAGGAGAAACAUCCUAGUCAGUUCAGUCAACAAAAGGAGCUGACUCUGAGCGGUGGUGGAACCAUGUUCCUGAAGAGCAACAGGAGCAGGGACACCACUCCCAGCCAGGAGGGUGGCAAGCUGGAUGACUUCCGCACCGUUGCCAUCUCUGACGAAGGGUGUAACAUUGUUGGUGAUAGACUGAAGUCGAUCCUCAGGGAGAAGCAAUCAGAGGAUGACGACAGGCCAGUGGACGAAGAACGGAAGAGCGUUCGCUUCGACAUAGAGAAGGAAGUGGACAUAAAGUUCACUUAUUCCGGCUCCGAGGACGACUGGGACUCGGAAUCGGAGGAACAAAACGUGCGAAUAUCCGCGGUGGUCUCGAACAAGGCUACCGGGUCCAUUUUAUUCUCCCAGCGAUCCAGUUCCCAGAGUCUCGACGAUGAAAAUAAAGAAGAUAGCGAGAGCAAACUGGACGAGGACACCAGGAAGAGUUCCUCUUCUGAAACUCCGAGGAAUUCGAAGGUGGUUGGCAAACGUUUCGUCGUUCAGAACGUCACUGAAAACGAGCAUCGCACUCAGAUGGCCAAAGAGAAUCUGCGGAGGGACAGUUUGUCCAGGGAGAGCAGCUUGGAUUACGUUCCCAGCAACAAGUUUAUGAAAAUAAAGAAUAUCGAUCUGGUAUCGAGGAGCGAAACUGAUUGCAGCGUGGUGAAGAGCAGCGAUUCGGAAGACAUCCGGAAGAGCAAGCCGAAGACGGUGAAGCCUAAAAAGUCGGCUAUACGUUUCUCGAAGGAUAGACAGACCGACGACGACGACACGUCUGACUUGUCCAGAGUGAACCAGGACCUGGAGCAAUCGCGAAGGGAACGUAUGAAAGAAGAGCACAGUAAGAACUUGGACGAAACUAGAACAGGACUGAGCAAGGAUCAUCAGAGGGACAUAGAGAUGUUGAAGAAAGAGUUUGAGGAUAAAUUGGAGCAGACGAAGAAGGAACUGGAAGAGAAUUUCGUGGAACAGAAGCAGCAGUUGCAAAAGAAUCUGAGCGAAAGGCUGGAGGAGUUGAAAAGAGAAAUGGCUGAGAAGGAGGAACAGGAGAUCCAGAAAUUGAUCGCCGAAAUGGAUAAAGCGAGGCUGGAGAACCUGAAGAAAGUGAAGGCCGAGUUAGAAGUGUGUUACGAGAAGGAGAGACAAGAGAUUCUAGCGAACUUGAAGACCGAACUCGAUGAGAGAAGGAAAGAAUUAUUGGAAUUGCGGAACCAAGAGAUGGGAAAAUUGGAGAACGAGCACGAAAGGGAUCUGGGCGAGGAGAAGCUCGCCAAGUUGAACGAAUUCGAGCUGACCAAGCAACAUUCCGAGAAGAUCGAAGCCCUGAAGAAGGAGCUGGAGAAGGAGUUCGAUGAUCUGCGUACCGAGCUGCGCAUCCAGCAAAGGGAAAAGAUCACAAAGAUCACGGAAGAUCACGAGAAGUGUUUAGCUGAGAUCCUUCGUGACUUUAGAAUCGACGAGGAUCUCACCCGUAAGAUGUACAAGCAGCGUUUAGAAGAGAUCCACGCGGAUUUCUCGCGCGAUGCUGAAAAGGAGGCGAGGAAACAAACGGAGCGAGCUCUUCAGCAGGACAGCAUAGAGUUCGAGAAGAUGCGUUGCGAGAAACGAUUGCUGCUGGACAAAUACAUGGCACUGAAGGAGAAAUACAUGAAGCUGAAGAACGAGGUACGUUUGGCUGUCGAGAGGAGAAGCAGAAGGAAAGAGGGAUACACUACUGCUUCGGAGACGGAGAGGUCGACGUCCACGAGGACCAGAACCGACAAGACCGAGUCGUCGGAACAAAAUACGCCGCUAAGGAACACGCGCCCAAGCCUGGCGACGACGAGCGCGAAAGCGCAGGAAACAGCGAUCGCGAAGGAGCAAACCGAGGAACAGCACAAGCCGGACGAAUCGAACGUUCAGAGCGUUCAGAAGGUUCAGAAUUCGGGGUUUCAGAAGGGUGCCGCGAUCGGAGCAGCAGCGAUCCCGAAAACGGCCGCUGUACGAAUCGAGUCGGACGACACGACCACCGCCAGCGAGACGAACGCGAACAUGUUGAUGAAGAAGAAGAAGAACUUCAGCAAGAAAGCGACCAGCACCGCCAGAGCUAGCACUGCCGGCAACAAUAACAAUAACAAUCUAGAGAAUCCCGUUGAGAACAUCAGGAAGCAACUGGAGAAGCUGGAGGAUCUUGGCGAUCAGCUGCCCAGCAAUGAAACGGCCUAUACCUUGCGGUAUCCUUUCCAGGACAAAGCGCUGGCGAACACCUCUUCGGAGCUGGAGUUCUUCCGUCACCGAAUCCACGUCGAGAGGGAUUCUGUGAGGAGGGCUCGAGAGGCGCUUCGACACCAGGAAAACGCAUUCCACGGACGUCAAAAGGCUUGGAAGCAACGUAGCGCCAGGGCGACCCUCGAGCAAUUAGUCCAGGAGGAACGAGAACUUUCGGAAAUGGAGGUGAGCCUGCAUCGAACCAGGAGCCUCUUAGGUGAGAAGGUGAUCCACCUGAGGCACCUGGAACAAUCCUUGGACAGAGUGGCGAGCGCGAAGAGGAACGAAAACGAGGCCACGUCGACGAGAAACGACGAAUUAACGUUGAGCGACAUGUCCAGCGCGAGUAGUGGAUUCAGUUCAACCGAUCUGGGAACGGACACGUUCAUAGACAAACCGGAUCACUACCAGGAGUCGACGGAAAUAAUCGCAAGCCUGGAAAGCCUAAACUCCGAGAUACGUGAAAUCUGGGGCGUGCUGAAUAAACGUUUGGACACUAACGCCUCACCACCGCCCACUUUUAUGUACUCUUAUUUGCGAUGGCUACGUUUCCACCACCUUGCAGCACAAUCAAACAGCGUACAAGGUCUGGAAAAUUUUCCUUCAGGAACGUUUGGUACCCCGAAUAUCCAGUCGAACAUCCUGUCUCAGUUAACAGCCACGCAACCCCCGACGACCACCACACAGAACAUCAUCGCCCAGUACGGUCCGAACAGCGGUUUCACCACCAGCGUCGGGACCGUCGACAAACCCAUCUCAAAUUUAAUGGAGAGAACAUGGAAUCUUCGGGAUUGGUUGCGACAAGCCUGCGCCGAGAACACCGAUUUGAUAAGUCCAGGUCAAGCGACUCUGUAAAGAUUUGUUUCCAGUUGCUUCCUGCACGAUCUUCUUCAUCGGAAUGAUUAGUCUCCUUCGAUAUUCGCGGAAAGAUCGGUCAGUCUCCUCGUCGUCGAAACGGUUUCAAAUGUUCCGAACAGUGUAUCAUCCACUCUAGUCAUUCGAUCGACUUUGAACCUCGUAUCCGCUUGUUCCUAUCAAGUUCAGUUCGUCUGUUCGAAGAUAAAAAAAAGACUGCAAAUAGCCAGCUGUGUGCAGAAAUCGGCGUUCCUUGAUAUCGUAACAGCCUUAUUUAAAAAAAAAAUGAAAGGAAUUUUAACAAGGCAACCUGUUACAGAAGACUUUUCGUGAAUUAACGUGGAAAGUUUACGAACGAUCGAAGAACAAUAAUUGUGAAACGUAAUGAACGAUACGGGCUCUCCUGUAAAUAAGAAUUUCCUCGACACAAGUUCCGUUCCUUUCUGUCGAUCCUUUAUACAUAUAUAUUUUCGAGGCGGGUUUUUCUGCGAGUGCAACGAGGAUGUGUAUAAUAUUUAACGUACACUAUAUACAUGUAUACGCGAACGAAAUUCCACGUACCGGGUGAAUAUGUGCAGCUCAAAGUCUGGGAAUCCUUAAUGACUAAAUUGUCUUUCGAAUGCCAAACUUUCAUAUUCAUCGGCCCGUUUCAAUCCUCGGACGGUGGCUCAUCGAAAUAUCAACGAUAAUUUUAAUUUCGGACAACUUUUGUUAGUUUUACGUUUAUGACAAUAUUUCGUUUAGAAAUUUGACCAGAUAAUUUUUAAUUAAUGCACCGUCUGUUUCGUAGAUUUGGGUCACUGUACAACCCGUUCGAGGGUUAACAGGAAGGUGGAGGCAGAACGUUUCUGGCUUUUCAGAGACGACCAAUUAUCUCAUAAUACCAGUUGCAAUUAAUUUCUAGGGACGUUUAUUAACACCGAGAAACACGUAGUUCGCAAUAAUCCUGAUCUCAUUAGAUGUAUAGCAUUAGAGAGUGUUCAAGGAUUCUAGAAUGUAGUCCUUGUCAGAAUGAACAUGUUGAUUGUUAGGAGGAUGAAUUAAAGAAAAAACAACGCAAACCUUGCCCUACAGUGUGUUAAUAAAUAUUAUAGAUGUGAUUGUUUUAAUCACGACAAGCAACGUGUUGAACGUCUGAUGGGAGGCUACGUUAAGUUUCCUUAAUUUCACGAGAAACCUUGUUUUUAUAAGUAACUGUUGUUCAGAAGAUUCCCAUUUUCUUGUUACUCUGAAUCGUUGCUAUUUCUCGUCGAACUUUGUUUCGCUUAACAAUCGUACUGAUAUUAAUCGACGCGUUCGUCUAAUCGUUAAGUCGAACCAAUUUAGAUGAUUUUGUAUAUGGAUAAAAGAGCACGUAAUUAGAACAUUCAAUUGUUAUUCGGAAUCGUAGUGUCUCUUCGUGGCAUUUAAUUAUCUCUGCGAAUGAGUUCAGAUAGUAGAGUACCUUCAUUAGCGCCGUCCUUGCGAAUCGUACAAGCAUCUUUCUUAAUUAUUUUAGAAAUUAAUUAAAUCGUUGAUUAUCUAAGUUUAUGAUCGUUUGAAAGGUGCUUUGUCCAUAGUGCAAUAAUUUAAAAAAAUUAUUUUAGGAUAUCCAUUUGCCUAUUUCAAUGAAACUUUUUUUAAUUAUCCGGUGAAAAAUCAUGAAAGAAUAUUUAAAAUAUUUUUUAGAAAUUGAACUAGCUCAUCUUGGAGGUGGUUGGAAAAAUACAACGGUUAUUGGUAAAUUCAAUUUACUGGAACAUUUGUAUAUUCACUGUUUCUAUUUAUUAAAACAAACGUACACAAGAUAUUCGGUAAAUUAAUUUUGGAAUACCGUGUAUAUUCUGUAAUAUAAUAUAUAUUUGUAUAAAAGCAAAUAUAUAUAUGCUAUAUAAAUUAACAACGAUAAUUCUCUUUUCAUCGGGUAAAGGAAGAGAGGGGUGAAAGUAACAAGUUGUUAGCGAAAAGAAUAAACAGUGAUUAGUGGUGAUUUUUUCAAUGAAUUACCUUGUACAGGGUGUCCACAAACGAAAGGAUAUCAGACUGGGUUUUUACUAAAAAUAAAAUCAAAAUAUACGGUACGAGGAGGUGAAGAAAUUUUAUUUUAUUUCGAUUUAACGAUCUUUGUAGCCAAAAUACUCAUUUGUGAUAUUUUAAUCGUGAAUCAAAUUAAUCUUUAAGAAUAAUUUAAGUGUCCUUUCUUUUGGGGACACCGUAUAUAAACACAAUGUCGUUUAGACCAAUGAAUUUCUUAAACCUAUCAAAGACUGUUUAAUAUAUCUAGAUCUUAUAUUGUUACGAUUACAACCCUUAGCCAUUUAAUUGAACUAUUUUGAUGAUCAAAAUGUGAAACAUGCUGAUAUACGUAUAAUUAAAUAAAACAGAUGCAUGCAAGAGUAAA